AUGGAAGCCAGCUUUGACGAUUUGGUCGAGUCGGUUCGAAGCCUAGCAGAACGAGUGGAGGAUAUUUCCGAGACAUGCGAGAACAUCUUUGGCCGCAAGCAAGACUUCAUUGAAGAAUACAGGCGCCGAAACGAGCACUUACAAAAAGCUCAUGCACAAAGCGAGGAAACCAUCAGCACCCAGGCGGGAGAGAUUACUGAACUCGCCAAAGCCCUUGAGUACGUGUUGAUGACGGACAACUUGGAACAAGAAGAUAUUAAGGGACCAGGGGUGGAAAUCAUGCUACUGAGAAGGGCCCACGCACUGGAAAGCGAGGUCAAAAAACUGAGAACACAACUCCGCGGCAUGGGAGCCCAACGGUACCAUGCUGAAGCGCAAGCCGCAGCAAUCGAGGCACAAAACACUACCAAGCUCUCCUUUCUGAGACCUCCCUCUGAAUCUUCGGGCAGAACGGAUUCCAGCCGCAGCAUUUACCCUGAUACCGGUGAUGAUGACGACGGAGGACGGCCAGAAUCGGCGAAGCCGGAGGAGGAGGAUCCGAGUGUACAGGAUAGAAUUGCCGACUACAUCGAGGAGGGCGUCAAUCGGGCAUUAGAGAGCCUGGAGUCGAUGGAGGGAUCGGAGGAAUUUGAAGAUGACGACACGGACGACAGAAAUGACAGUGUCGGGUCUACCUUUUGA